AUGGAAAGUUUAUUUAGUUUAGAGUAUUUAGUUUACUAACUAAACACAAAACCAAUAGCUGGAAAUACUAAAAGUCGUAUUGAGAAGUUUUUAGAGAUUUUAGACAAACCAAAAAUUAAUUUGAAUGAAUUAAAAAAGCUAUCAAAUUUUGGAGUACCUGAUGACAUCAAGGGUUUAAGAUCUUUGGUUUGGAAGUUGCUAUUAGGGUACCUUCCUGUGGAUAGGACGAAAUGGAAUUCAACAAUCACAACAAAUAUAGAGAAUUAUGAAUAGUUUUGCAACGAUUUGAUUAAGUCGAAAUUGUAAAAGUAGAUGACUGAAUCGAGUGAAUAUGAGGAUUAAGAAAAUAAAUAAAAUUCAAAAUAAGAUCAUCCAUUAAGCAAAUCAUAAUAAUCUAUUUGGAAAAGCUUUUUCGAUGAUUAAGUAAUAUGGGAGGAAGUGGAAAAAGACACUGUAAGAACGAGAGCAGAAUUGUCUUUCUUUGUUUCUCCAACGCAAAUCCCUAAUAAAUAUCCAGUAUACUUUAGAACCUAAUGUAGAAGAGAGAGGAGAUUGGCAAAAGAUUUUGAACAUAGGCAUUAUGAUGUUCUCACAAGAAUAUUGUUUAUUUAUGCAAAAUUGAAUCCUGCAAUUAGAUAUGUGGUAUUAAAUUGUAUUUAUUCAAGCAAGGGAUGAAUGAAAUACUAGCUCCAUUGUACUAUGUGUUCUAUAGUGAUACAAAUGAUUUAUUUUUAUAAUCUGUUGAAAGUGAUGCAUUUUUCUGUUUUACAAUAUUUAUGGCUGAUGCAAAAGAAAGGUAGAAGUUUAAACUGCAUUGUUAGUUUUUUAAGAUCGCUUGAUGAUUCACAGGAUGGUAUAAAAUCAAAAAUGAAUAAUUUAAACACGUUGUUACGGAUUCACGAAAUUGAAAUAUGGGAUAAUUUAUAGAAAUAAGGAAUUCAUCCAUAAUUUUAUAGUUUAAGAUGGAUUAUGCUUUAUUUAACAUAAGAAUUUGAAUUACAUGGAGUUUUUAUAUUAUGGGAUAGUCUUUUGAGCCAUUCUAAUAGAAAUGAAUACUUACUUUAUUUGUGUCUGAGCAUAAUAAAAGAAUUAAAACAUUCUUUGUUAGGCGAUGAUUUUACAGACAUUAUGGAGGGACUCUAAUAGGUAGGAAAAAUUGAGGUCGAAAAAAUUCUGUAAGUUGCAUCCCAAAUUUAUCAACACAAUUGA